AGUAAACGGGCUUCAUUUGAGACGCAUCACAUACCAGCUAAUGUGAUGGCAAACCUGAACAAUCAACCUGACUGACACUGAGAAGAAGUCAGCCGACAUCCAGUUUUCUCCGAACUCCGCCGAUCAAGGAAGAUAUCAACUGAUGCCGACAUCACUGAACGUGUUGUCCAAGGUCCCAUCAGACGCACACUGAUUCCGAAGUCACUGGGCGGACACCAUCCCAUGUUGCGAAUGUCUUCUUUGAACUACGAUCACUGAAAAGCUCACCAUUGAGACAUUGCGACAGUGAAGUCCUUGAGUGAAAUGAGGGGCCAUUCGCCUCAACUCGCAUAGUGACAUCUAAGUUAUUUCUGUGACUUCAAGGUGGUUUCACUACACUGGUGUCACUGCGUUGGUGUCGUGGAAGUGCCGCUGUGCUAUCACAUCUCUAUUGGUGAUUAUGGUGCACGAGUUUAAUGACGCACCAGCCGUGACUCGUGAUAUCAAGUGAUGGCCGAUGGACGUGCCUCCAGCGCGAUGGGGAACAGGCUGGGCCGACGGUUCGGACUGGUUACGAUGGAGCUCGUCGGGUUCCUUCUUCUGCUAUGCGUUAUGGCAGGUGGAGGUUCUCGACCAAACCAAGAACCACCGGCGCGUCCCGAGCAGCAGAGCAACUUCUCACAGCCGCGGUUCUCGAACCUGACCCGGUUGCGGGUCAUAGGUCAAGUCGGCACGCCUGUCUACCUGACCUGUCGAGUGCACAACUUGGGCGACAGAGCGGUAUCGUGGGUGCGUCGUCGUGACCUGAAGAUCCUCACGGUCGGCAUGUUCGCCUACACCUCCGACCACAGGUUCACAGCAGCUCACUCGGAGGGCUCUGAAGAGUGGGUGCUGCGAAUCGCCAGUCCCACCGAACAGGAUUCGGGAGUGUACGAGUGUCAGGUGUCCACUGAGCCCAAAAUGAGCCUGCCAGUACAUCUACAAGUCGCAGAGUCGCGGGCGGUGAUCGCCGGGCCCCGCGAGCUCUACCUGAAGAGGGGAAGCAGCAUCAACCUCACGUGUACGGUGUUGGCUGCGCCGGAGCCACCGGAGCACAUCCUCUGGCACAUCAACAACAUGGUGAUAAAGUACACAGAGCGGGGAGGUAUGUUGGUGGUCACAAACCGACGUCAGCGGACAUCAAACCUCGUCAUAGCGAAGGCCACGCGACUGGACUCUGGAAACUACUCGUGUAGACCGUCCAUGGCACACAUAGACACGGUCUUGGUCCACAUUCUAGACGGAGAGCAUCCAGCAGCAAUGCAGCACGGCACUUCCAACAUCCAAUGCGGCGUCUCUCUUGUGCACCGGACUCUGAUGUUGCUGCUCGCCUUCGCUGUGAGGUAGACGAUGUGGAACGUUUACGAGCGAGCCAGCAAGCUGUACCCUGAAGGGUAGAGCGAGACAGCGAUUUGUGCUCUUUAGCGAGUGGCCAGUGCCCUGAGGGGUAGAACGCAUCAGUGAGUUGUGCCCUAAGGGACAGUGAGUUGGGGAUUGGCUAUACCCAAAAGGGAUAAAUGUUUUGUCAAAAGGAGGUGCUGGUUUCGUGUGACGAUGUGGCACUUCCACGCGAAUAUUGAACGGUGAUCUGCGAAUGAAGAGCGGCGGACUGUGAAUGGUGAAAGCAAGCAAAGGAUAAACGGCUAACAGCGAGUGUUAAACGGCAAACUGUGAGUGAUGAACGGUGGACGAUGAACAGUGGACAGUGAACUGCUAGAAAGGACUCGAUCCAAGUGAACAAAGGGCACCCAAGAGCUCGCAGUGCUGAGAUAUUACGUGAAUCAUUACAAACGUGAGCACUGAACAAAUAUACCAACCAUGAUCUGUGAACAGUCUGUCGGCAUAUCCUCUGUGAAUGAAGGACAUGUCUCUCUGAGGAACGCGACAGAAGUCGUGAAUGCCGCACUUGUGUCAUGUUUUGACUGUGUUAUGACUGGCGGAAAGAGUUGAUGUUUUGUAGUAUGCUGUUGCCCGUUUGAUGUUUCCGUAUUCCUGUUUCAGACAGUGCUAUUCUACAAUGUUAUGCUAUUUGCUAACGAUGUCAACUGAUCUCAAAUUUCGCCAAAUACAUACAUAUAUACGAAAAGCGUGACCUCCCACUGCUUCCAUAAC